CAGUCGCAGGACCUCUCAUUCCAGAAAAAACACGUACUGAGCUUGCGUACAAACUAGCGCGAGACAUCGGACUGUGGCUAGCUAACUACGAAGUUUUCGGACUAAUCGCAGAAAUCACAACCUUUCUUUCCCUCAAAGGUAAAACUGUAAUGCAAAACAAUAUUACAAAUAUCUAGCCUAUUUUGGUGUUAUUUUUCAGUCUCGUAAAAUGAAUGAAGAGGCGACAUUGCGUGCGCAAACGUUUGCUAGCUACAAUCUUGUUAAGACGUGACUAGCUAACAUUAGCUAGCUAGCUUACUUGUUCACGACAAAAAACGCCCAAAAUGUGAACAAUGAGCAGUAACGGCAAUUUCGAUGAUGAAGGCAUUGUGUUUUUAAAAAGUGCAAAUAUGUUACCAUAUCGCAGUUACUAACCGGUUUCGCCGCUAUCGCAUAGAUAACAUCCUAGUUAACUAACAAGUACAUGUUUUGGGUAUGGGUAAGUUAACGUGAACUAAUGUAGCUAGCUAGCAGUCUAGCCCGUAAACCGAGCUAAAUCAAGAGAGCACUGACUGCUGUCUGACGACGAUGAUGAUGAUACUCGGGUUGCGUCUGUCUUCUUGGCAAGACAGGCUGAUGACUGGUCAACAAAGGGAUUGCGCUAGACUUUGACAGCUGUGCAAGUAAUUUAUAGGGUACAAGGUUUGUAUUCAUGAUUCUGUCAUGCAAUGUUGUGAUUGGGGGAACCAAAUUGAAUUCAAUUAACUAGCGAAUGAGUACAGACGCUCAUUUGCAGGCACACUUUACUGUAGCUGAAUUUAGAUGCACUUGCUGAUUUUCUUUAUCUUAUCCACCUUAUUAUCAAUCAACAAUUACUCAAAUUGUUAUUUUGUAAUCUGAUAUUUGUAUUCAGUAUCAACUGUUUCCUUUUAGUUGUACCCUGUUGGGUAUUUGAUAGAGGUCCAGUGAUGUAUUAUUAUGAGUUACAUUUUUGGCUCCAGAAGAGCUAGUAGUAUCCCUACUAGGAGGACUGAAGGCAGAGACCAGCGAGAAAGAAGCAGACCAGAGAGAUAAGAGGUAUUGUGGAAGAUGUCUGCCUCGCACUUCUUCAAUGAGGACAGUGUCACGCGGUUCAAAAAGAGAAAAGCUCGCUUUACCUUCAGUGAGGUCCACAUCCUCCUAGAUGAAGUGAAGAAGAAUCGGCACAUCGUUGUCGGGAAGUUUAACCGCGGUGUACCAACGGAUGUGAAGAAGCGCGUGUGGGCAGAGAUCACAGCCAGUGUGAAUGAGAUCGGGGAGAGCCAGCGUGAGGUCAUCGAGAUCAUCAAGAAGUGGUCCGACCUCAAGUGCGACACCAAGCGUAAGGUGGCCGCCAUGCGGUCGGGGGCCAACUUCAAGGGGAUCAACUCGCGGCUGUCCCGUGACCUCAGCCCCACAGAGAACAUUGUGCAUCAGAUUUUGGAGCUGGAUGGAAAGCGAAGCCGGGUGCCAGGUCUCCAUUAUGGGGCUUUCAAGGAGGGAGAUGAUGAUGAAGGACCAGAGGAGGAGGACGAGGAAGAGGACAUGGCGGGGAUACACAGUUACCCCAAUGAAGGAAUAGACGUCUCGAUGCCACCACCCUCCACGCUUUCCUCGGCAAUGCCCAUGUCCUUUUCCAUGGGGAUGCCCAUGCCAGGCCCUGGCCACACACCCAUACCCCCGGUUCAACCCAAAGAUGACCAUUCUAUGCCAACCUACAGUGGCUCGUCCAGAGAUUCUUCACAUCCCUCUUAUGAAAUGCAGUACGAGAUACCCACUGGUGAAGACACUGAGAACCAGUUUGGGCAGACAGACGACGAGCGUCAGGACGAGCUGCCCCCUUCUACCUCACAGGCGUCCAGCCUCACAGAGGACAACCAGGGGAGCGGCGGCGGGCCACACCCCUCCACAGGCACCCAGCCCUCGCCCUCAUCGUUCUCCGCCGCACCACCUACAGCAGGCCAGCCACCUCGGAACGCCAGGGAGAGCAUGUUGCAGAGUGCCUCGUUGAGCAUUCAGGAGCAGCAUGCCACCAACACCGCGCUAGAGACGGUGUCGCGCUCCCUGGAACUGCUGUCCGAGUCAGUGCAGCAGCUGGCCGAGACGCAGCAGGAGUUUGUGCGCGAGUCGCUGCAGCUGCAGAGGGAGACUAUGCACAUACUCAGAGACUUCACCAGUGGCGCCCUGGCCCUCAUGCAUGACAAGCUCAAUGGACGCCCGGCCCUAUAGCCCAGACGUUGCUGCACUAUCUGCCCCUCCUGUGGAGCUGGACGGGUGUGUUCCUUUACACUGGGUACAAGGUUGUUCCAUUUCUUUCAUUGAGUCAUUUACUCCAGACAUUUUUAGUGGGUUGUGUUCCGAGUUACUGUAUUUUAUAGGAGUAACCCUACUGUCUGCGUAAAUGUUUAAAUUAUGAACUGUGUGUUAUCCCGCCAAGGGAAAUACAGAAACUCAAAGCAGAAUUAGGGGUUUCUUGCACAAAUUAAGAGCCUAUUUGUUUCUUCCCCCAUUUCUCAGAUCAUUAAAAUGGAGUCUAGUUUAAGGCUCAGAGAGAUUCUAAAACUUGCUUAAUUUUAGAGUGCGGUAAUAAUGUGUAAUGUUUCCUAAAGUGUCCUGUUGUAUCAUGUUGAAAACAGGUCCUAUCUGAUAAACAUAUUAGAGCGAUAAGGCCCCGUCAUUUGUAAAGGUGUGCAUACUUAUUGAGAUUAUGGACUGAUUUCUGUAUGUUCCUUUUUUAUGUGAGACAGUUUUAAACAAAUUCUCCUUUUGUCUACUAUGUUGAUGUAGUCUCCUUAUGUACUAUUGUACGGAGAUAUUGUAGAACAUGUAAAUAAAUAUGAUAAGUGCUGUAAA